UUCAUGCCGCAUAAAUAUAAGGCGGUGGGUUCUGAGUGAAGUUUCAAUCGGUCAAAAUAUGCCGGCACUUAGGAUUGGAAGCUCAUUUCCGUUCUCCCGGUUUUUUAGGCAAGCUGAGCAGCAGAUGGAGACUGUGGUCAAAGUACUUCAACCCGGACCUUUGGGAAUCGUAGAGCACAAAUUUUCGGCCGAGGAGAUUGAGAAAGCGAAUGCAACUGUUAAGAGAGCGGUUCUGAAUUGGAAGAGGAACGCUGUCAUUGAACGAAAUAGACCACCCUUGAAAGAUUAUAUUAGUUAAGAGACUUGUCAAUUGUUAAAUUCCUUUUUGUUUGAAGUGUUCAUGAACAAUUGUAAGUUCUCUCCGUUCUUCAUGCUAUAUGAAUUUUGAUAGUUAUAA